UAUAUAUAAAAUUUAUAUAUAAAGCUAGAUCAGUUUGCGUUCGCUCACUGAUAAAACCACAACGUAUUAAGGCUCUGGAAAAGGCAUGGCUUCCUCUGCUACAAUUGAAACACCUGCUGCUCCGGCUUCCUGGUGUGGACGCGGUGCCAAACCCCGCACAUUUGAGAAGCACUCGCCAGUGGUCUGCUAUGAUAAGCCAGAGGCAUCAAUUGUUUCCAAAGAAGAAUACGAUGACAAGCGCUACCAGGCUCUGACUGGGGAUCUGGUGGAGACCUUGGUGGUGCCCAAGCGGGAGGCCCGCACCUGGACGAUGCAGGCGGGCGACCUCUGCCGAGUGACCGUCCACGAGGGCGCCCAGGUGGGCGACAUGAACUUCUGGAACCUUGAGAACACAGCCGAGCGCUUCUACUCGGGAAAGACACGGCAGUUGCACUCGUCGCAUUUGCGCGUCUACGAUCGUCUGUGGAGCUGCCUGCCCCACCUGCGUCCCAUGGCCACCUUCGUGUUCGACUCCCUGGCCAACUAUGGGAUCGAUGAGGACGGAGGAGCUCUGCACGAUGUGAUCGGAACUCGGUGCGACGACUACACCUACAAGCUGAUCACGGGCAAGGAUCGGGUGGGCAGCUGCCACAGUUCCCUGGUCAAGGCGGUGAUGGAGGAGCGCGGACUGACGGAGCAGGACGUGCACGACGUGUGGAACAUAUUCAUGUGCACCGGAUUCACCCGGGACACGCAUCAGUACUUCUGCAAGCCGAGUCCUGCCCGCAAGGGUGAUUUCAUUGAGUUCGUGGCCGACAUGGAUCUGCUGGUGGCUCUGUGCGCCUGUCCGCAGGGCGAUGUUUCCAUUCAGGUGGGCGCCGAGGUGCCGGACGACAAGUGCCACCCCCUCAAGGUCGAGGUGUUCCGUCGAAAGUAGCCAGACUCAUUUGUAUUCCGUGUGGAAAACCUGAUUCUUAACAGUGUGCCAUUUAUUUUAACAGUGCAUUAGAGAUGAGCAACAGCUGCGGAGAUCAGCUGUCAGUUACGUGACGAAUUUUCAUCACCGGUUUUACUCUUUUGUACAAAUAUAUUAUUAUCAACUUA